UUGGUUUACAGCCUGCAGCUGUGCUGGCGCGGAUUGGCCCAGAGACCUGUCACGCUCGCUCCUCAUUCGCUGUACCGUCAUGGCGCCAAAUCUAAGCCCGUGAAGUGGAAGGGUCUAUUAGAUUGACGUGGAUCGGGCUAGUUCCGUGGUUGAUCGGAAGCUAAGCGGUGACGCUAAGCCUGCGGAACUAACGGGGAGUCGGUAGCGUGUGGUAGGCCUUCCCACCUCCGCUGCUGCAGGACAACUAAGAGGUACUCGGGCCUUCAUUUUGCCGCUAUCACCUUUUUACGAUUCGGAGGCCAGAUUUUGGAGCACUACAAUUCCCUAGGUUGCUGUGCCCGGCCGCAUCAUUUUCAGUGUGAAGAUGGAGAGGUGUCGUUCAGCUCCGGCUCAUGUCAGAGGAUCCAACCGCCUCUCUGGCCUCCCCGUGGUUAAGUCCCUGUUCUCUUGCGAGGCAGACACUGCCCUAUCUCCGGUCACUAGCCUCGCUAUCAAUAUGGACCAACUGGCAGGCCUGGGCAGCCAGUGUGAAACGCCGACACGUAAGCUCGGAGAGCGCUGGUCUAUGAGAAGAACAGACUCUUCGGAAUCUAUGGACGCUGGACUCUGUCUGGAUUCUCCAAUCAAGAUGGAUCUAAAUGACACGGAAGAAACGUUUCAGAAAUCGACUCAGAAUUCUGACAGGCUUGGACACACAAGGUUACCAAUCAAAAGGAGGAACUCCCUGCCGCAAAACCUACUGGGAUCCAGCCCUGCCUUUAAGAGGAAUCUCUCUUACUCUCUAGAAUGUGAAGUGUUCCACGCAGCUGACCUGGAGAACAAGGAGAAUGAAAAGUUUCAGUUUAAAAUCCCAGCGAGACCGCGUUCCCGGGGCUGUUUCCGCUCAAGACUCCAUGGGGAUGGAAAGGAAAGUCUCGUUCAGAGACAGAAAUCUGCACCUGCGUGUAUGCUGUCCUCUCCUAGGAAAAGUGAAGUUGCAGCUUCUGAUAUGGUCUUUGUCAGAAAAUCCUCAGCUGCUUCCACUUCCACUGAGGGAAGUGAUGAUGGCUUCUUGGAUAUGUUGGACGGAGAGGACCUAGAGAACGAUACAGAGUUUCCCUGUGGUGUUGCAAGCCUAUGGACGGCUCCCCUUGUCAUGAAAAGCACUGAAAAUUGUCUUGAGGUCCGACCUGCCUCUGAGCCAAACUGCACUACAAAACCAGCACUGAAACGAGUGGAGCGAACGCCGGACGAAGACGCGCCAGAAAAGAGCAAAAGGCGAAGGAGCGUGUCUGAAAUUGCAAAGGAAGAGCUGGAUCAUGACAAAAACUCAAGAUUAAUGCGAUCAAAGUCCCUUUCCAGUCAGAACAUAGAAAGUAUGCUGGACAACGAUCAAGUCAGUCUCAUUGGGGACUUUUCAAAGGUCUUCCUGUUCCCGACAGUGAGCGGCAGGCACCAGGAACUAAAGUACAUCACUCCUGAACUGAUGGUUCUCAUCCUAAAUGGAAGAUUUGACCCCUUUAUUGAGCGAUGCGUGAUUAUUGAUUGUAGAUACCCCUACGAGUAUGAAGGAGGUCACAUACAGGGAGCCAUUAACCUUCACAUGGAGCAGGAGGCUGAGGAAUAUUUCCUAAAGAAUCCAGUCAUGUCAAAUGGUUCCAAACGAGUUAUCUUAAUCUUCCACUGUGAGUUCUCGUCGGAGCGGGGACCCAGAAUGUGCAAGUUUCUACGGGAGAAAGACAGAGAUAGAAAUGAAUAUCCGCAGUUAUACUACCCAGAGCUUUAUAUUUUACAUGGUGGAUAUAAAGAAUUCUUUCAGAAGUGCAAGACCUACUGUACGCCGCAGACCUACCGCCCCAUGAACCACGAGGACUUUAAAGAAGACCUAAGAAAGUUCCGCAUGAAGAGCCGGACAUGGGCAGGGGAGAGAAGCAAGAGAGAACUGUACAGCCGGCUGAAGAAACUAUGAGCCUCCGUGCCCGCACAGUCCUGCCUUUUCAAUCACAGAGCAGCCGAUAGAGCCGCGGAGAUAAAACUAUAUCAUGAAACUCAUUCUCUUCUGCGCUCUUGUUCUGCUUUGUUUUCUUUGCACAUGAACCUUCCUCAGGAGGUGUAUCUGACACAGGCAUAUGUUGUGCCAUAUUCAGUUCUGCCUUACAGCACUCAUUGCUGAGAGUUCUGGAAUCUGUCUACUGCACUGUCCUAUUGAAUGGACAUUUUUUUUUUUUUAACAAUGGUUUGUUUGGGUGAGAAAAAAAUGGAGUAUAAAAUUAAUCAAUGAUCCCAAAGGUGCAACGUGAAGCCAUAGAAUGCUUGUAGCUCAGGCUUCUCUGCUACCGGAUCCACCUGUUACAUUCCAUAUCAUGCAUUCUCAUUGGCAGAACUGGUUUCCCUGCUCAAGGCACCAAGUUGGCCAAAGUGCAGACUUCCUGCAACUUUUUUUUCUGGAUUCCAUUUCCGUUUCAAACUGAGAGCAAGUUCUGCCAUUGGCUGGCUUUGAUCUCCUCUGGGGGCAUUUUAACAUUUAGGUUCAAUUUAUCUAAAUGGCCACUGCCAGUAUUUAUUGCUGUUUUUAUGAUUUUGUUUAAAAGUAUUAACUCUCUUUUCUCAAUUUUGAGAAGAUUUUUUUUUUUUUCCUUUUUUAAUCAAGGAUUUGCACGACGAGAAAUGUUUUAUCGUUUUUGAGUUGUUUUACUAUUGAAUAAGUUGUGGUGAUUAUCAGACUGUGGUUCCCUUCACCCCAGGGCUGAAUUCAGCUCACAGGUAAGGAUAUAGGUACUGGUCCUGCCAGAGAACUGAUCAGCAAGGCUUUGUGUAUUACUCAAGGGCCAGUGUUGGAUAAAAGGGGCACCUGAAGUAACAGUAUGGCUGAGCACCCCUCCCACAGCUGCACUCCGCCCCCUGUGUGGUCCUUCCAUCAGAUAUUUGGGCAGGAGUGGUCCUUUAGGGGGUGCUAAAGAGCUGACCUAGACCAAUUUUAAUCUGUUUUUAAAUGGAGUAACUGCAAUGUGUAGUGUUUGUAAUAACCCCUUAGUGUUAACUCUUCACCUUCGCACACUUACACAUUUACAUGUUAGGCUUAAAAAUGAAGGUGGAGAACUUAAUACCUAGAAGGGGCCAAGGUUGACGACGUGGGUUGUCAUGUUUUAGGAAGUGACAGUACAGCUCCCUUCCUUACUAGGCAAUUUUCACCUUGUCGACUUGCCAAAUGUUCCUGGUCAUGGUUGAACUUCUCGGUACUAUUGACUCCUGCCGUGACUCCCUAUUGAGAGUUGUAACAUGGCACUGACCCAAUGGCCCGUUUGGACUGCAUUUUUCACGCUGAUUUCCUGUUAAAUUGUUAGUGCAAGGAGUGAUGGUGAGAAGUCAUUGUGCAUUGAACACUGUAAAUACACGACUAUCCGUGCAAAGGUCGGGGCGGUCCAGCUGGGCUGCUUAUGGAAACCUAUGUAUGGGUAUACAUGACUGUCUUGUGGUAUUUUUGUUACAAGGUUUGUAAUGUCCUGUAGGAAACAUACUAUAUGUAAUGCUGCUUUUUCUUCCCACUACAGGAAAAUAAAACUGCCUUUUUAAAACCUUAA